CCUUCUAACACGUUUCUCUACCACACUCCUUUAUUACCCCUUCUUAUCUUCAAUUUUCUCUCCUAAAUCUCUUAGUUUUUAGCUAAAGAACUUCAUUUAUAGAUAAAGUAAGAAUGGAAGUACAGACUAGAGCGCACUCUAGAAGCAAAAGAGAAAAUAACAGAGGUGAAAAUCAAGGUUCUUCGGGGACAAGAAGCUCACCGCGUAAGAGGUCGUAUCAAAGGGAACAAAGGCGAGGAAGCAACAGCGCUGAACAUCCACUUCCAAAUGAUGAUUUACGUUCACCAUCUCACAAGCAGCCCAGAUUCAAGGGACAAAAGGAGAACACUCCCAAGAACAAAAUGAUAACCAACGGUGACAAGAAAGGACCAUGGAACCAAAAACAUUUAAAGAAUGAAAAAGUGGAAUUGGAUAAUCAAGAGUUUCCACCUCUUGGUUUUAAUUUUGACAGAUAUACACCAGAAUCAUCAAAAGACUGGGGAACUAUUGUCCAAGAAGAAGAAGAAAAGCUUGUCCAAUGUAAAGAGAACAACAGAAAAUCAUCAAAAAUCAAGCGACGAUUAAUGCUAUAUGAUACCAGUGAGCCUACCCCCAAAGAAACAACUGAUGACAAAUCCAAACCAAAAAACAAAGUCUUGAGGCCUAUAAUAACAGACCCACACAAGUUAGGACAGCGACAAAAACAGAUUGAAAUUGGGAAAAAUACAGUGUCGUAUGGAAAUUACAUCAAAAAUGUACCAAGAGAAAAUCGUUCUAAAGAAGAUCCCUGGACUCCAGACAAGUUCCAGCAGUGCAGCACCAGGUCUUGGGUUGGGCAGGUCAAAAAUUGGCGCAGACGUCUGCAUUCUUAUGACACCAACUCAGAUACCAAAGAUGACCUGUUCUCAACAUCAUCAACAAGCAGUAGCCAGAACACAGAUGAAAUCAAAAUGGAAGAUCAACAAACACAGCCUAAAUCAAAGCACAUAACCAUUGAAGAAAUGUUCCAAGACUUUGACCUGGAUAGCUGUCUGAUGGAGGACGAUGGGCUACCGUUAUAAAUGCAGAUUCAAAAUGGUCUUACUGGUAACGAUAUUAAGAUUUAAGGAAAGACUGUUUUGCAGUAUAAUAAACCUUCUAAGCUUAGGCAUUUUGUUUUCCCAUUUCAGACCAUGUGUCAUUCUCAUGAAAAUAAGAUUCUUUCUUUUUAUUCGAAUCGUUUACACAUACCCUAAGGAAUGACACAAGUUCUGAAAUGGGAGAACAUUAUGCCUUUGGAAGCUUUAUGGGUCUAUUCAUAAUUAGAGUCGACCAUAUAACCUAAUCAAGCAAUAGUCGAUCUAAUGAAUGUCUGUUCAAAAAUCUCAUAGGGGACAUUGAAUUUCAUUUUUAGACCCCCCUAGCUCCCCAGGCAUGUGUAAAAAUUGGCACCUCCCCCACUGCAAUAAGGGAAGAGGGACCUAAAUAUAGAAACAAAAUUUGGAUUCUUCAUACAGCAAUUUUACUGCAAGUUGAUUUACUUUUUCUAAGCAGAAUUGAUUUGCAGGACUAAUUCUCUAAUGUAAAUUAUUUGUGUUGAAAAUUUUUAACCAUAUUUGAAUUUCAUGAUGAUUCCUUUUUAGAAAUCUCUUUUAAUCUUUGAAAAAGAAAUUUUUACUUUUUAAUGAACUUGUAAAAAUGCAUGCAUUUUCUGGAACCAUUGAAUAAAAAAUAUCUAGAUUCACAUUUUCAUAAAGUAUCAUAUCAUCACUAGUCUCCCCCACAGAGAAAGUGUUGCGUGACGACACUGAAAGCGGCUGUGGGGGAGACUAUAUCAUCACUGGUUUAAUACUUGUAUUUGUGGAAAAUGAAGAGUGAUGUACGUAAUAGCAGUACACUCGCCUCUUUGAUUCCAAUUCUGGACUUGUCAUCAUGUGGGUAAAGUUUAUUAGGUCUUUCCCUUGAUUAUUUAAGUUUUCUUCCCUCUGCAACACCUAACUAAAUUCUAAUUUGAUGUGUGAGUCAGCCAUGCACAGACUGAUCAGCCCAGAGGUUGUUUCUGGUCGAAUUUGGAGGUUAAUUUACCAGCACUAUUUAUAGUAACCUGCAAAGGAAACUUUUUCAAUCAUUCUAGAAUUUCCAAGUACAAAACAGGCCAACAAACAGCUGAAGAAUAAAUUUUAUUUUAUCGAAUAGUAGCUGUAAAGAUACAAUAAUUGUUAUUAAACAUUGGAAUAUAUAUUUCUCCCUACCAAAGAAAUUCCUGGAAAUUUUGUUCUAAACUUGGAAUUCUUUUAAGUUCAUUCCAAUAAAAUAAAUUUAUAUUAGGAUAAUAUUGCAUUAGCAAAAUGUCCAUUUUACUUGUCACUUGAUGGUUGAGUCUAAAUAUAAUUUUUUACUUCACUCGUAGAACUAUGCUUUGUUGAUAAUUGUACAGAAAUUUGUUCCCUGCUAGCAGUCUCUCUCCUCUUUAUCUCCCUUCUUUUAGGCGGGGAGGAGGGAGACUCUGCCAAUGUAGAGCCUUUCCUUUAACAAUACACUGCCGUCCACAAUCGUGGAUGAACAAAACCAGUUUUAAAACUGGUUUUUAACCAGGCACAUGUAGUACGCAUGAGCAAAUGUAACACACCCUGGCGCCAAACGUUGUUUGACGAGCGGCUGUCAAAAUCAUGACAGCGUUGCUAAGUUACACCACACAGGCUUGACAAGUAUAACGUCCUACAUCGGCAGUCUAUUUUUCUCACUCCACCGAAACAAAAGGAAAACAGGCUCUGCUAGCAGGGAAAGAAAUUUGUAAAACUUCUGAAAAUUUUUAGUAUUGCAAGUUGCCAUCAAUACAAGACUAGUUAUAAGAUUGGCUCCAUYAUGAUCGUAACCAUGACAGAAGGCAGGAACAAUUGAAUCUGCUCUAUUCUAAGCUACCGUUGUGGCUCUGUUCAUGGCUGCCAUCACAAGAUCGGGCAAAGUCUUUAAUGACUCAUUAUUGGAAGCGUAAAACAAAUUUCAAUUGAAAACUGCUGGGAGAAAAUCAGAUUGGAAUCGAUUUAGAUCAAAUUUAUGUCUUCUAUGAAUAAAUUUAGUCACUGUCAAAUGAAAACAAUAGAA